AUGCGUGGAGAGAGAACUGCGAAGUUCAGGAAACGAAGCUCCAAGACUGUGGUCAACUGUGAUCACUUCGCCUCAUUGGCGAGUUUGUGGGAAGAUUCCGUCAGCGACAACAUUGAUGAAGAAUACGACCGGCUCGUCGAACAUCUUCACGAUGGCGCCAGAAGAGCUGAGAGCCUCAAAGAUGUCAAGAAACGUCUCUCUUCGAAGACUCCUGAGCUGGUACGCCAGCGGGAAAUCGCGCGAGCUGCAGGCAAUAACCAGCUAACGUCCGAUCUUGCGAAGCAAUGCAGAGAAGCGAUAAAGGAAGACCUGAAUGAGAGAAGAGCAACAGAUUUGGCUGAAGCCGCCGAGGCUGGGAAGAGCAUUCGCAAAGCCCGCCGGAUUAUUAUUAUUAUCAAUUAUGAGACCAAGACGACUUCCCUUCGUGGUGCUGACGGAACUGUUACGGCAUCCCGAAGGGCAAUGGAGAAGUUCACCCUUCCGAAAUUCGACAUGCCAUCACGUCGAUGA